CGCUGAACAACGCGAUCAACAACCUCGACAAGAGACAAACUAGUUCACUAUGGCUCUCAUGGCUCUCCCAAACGAGCUUCUUGACGUCAUCGUUGAAUACUCUCUAUCAUGGAGCUUCGAGAACUUGGCAACGACCUGCAAGAGAAUCUAUGCGCUAUGCACACCAUUCAUCAAGCGCCACAACGAGCUGCGCUCCCGCUUCCGACAUUUUGGCUACUACGCUCACGCGCGCGACAGCCUGGUGGCCGCUUCCGACCUCAUCAGCCUCAUCGCCGCUGACCCCAUCGUUGCGCGGUAUAUUCGAACCGCAAACCUUGUAGAGGACAGCAAGUUCCUUCCGCAUCUACGUGUCCGUGAACCACCAAAGUCGGUCCCAAGCAUUGAGGAUGGAGGAGUCAUUGUCCAACUAUUUGCCAACUCUACCUAUCUCCGGCGAGCCCGGCUAGACUGGAGGAAGUACUAUUCUACGUUCGCGGAGGACGUCAGGGAGAUGCGCUAUUCGCAGCACGGCAGUGCCUUUCUCCUAACGCUGCUCGGUGACGCCGAGAACCUCACCAUACCAAAUUCAUGGAAGCCGAAUGCCGCGACGACUCGGCUGCUCCAUGUCCUUAUCAAGGAGGCUAAGCAACCCAGCUUUCUGUCUUCCUCUUCCGCUCUUCGGCCAGUCACAAAUUUCCGUGGAUCAUUAUCGAGAACUGGGACUGAAAAUGUUGGCUUGAGUUGGGCGCACCCCUUCCUCGCUCUACCGCAUUUGACGUCGUUUAGCGGUCCUGGCUUCUUCGCAACCGGGGAAAACCCUAGAAGUCUCGCGUUUGGAGGUUCGCCUUAUGUCGCAGACAGACUUGAGGCAGCUCAUCUCAGUUGCUGUUGUAUCGACGACGUAGGCAUAACCGACUUCCUCAAGCAUACACCACGCCUGAAGACGUUGUCAUACUCGCAUAGCACAAAGCAUGUCGAUCGUCCUCCAGACUGGGAUAUCUGCAAGUUUAUCAAUACAGUAGCGCGCGAAGCCGGGAGUCAUCUUAUCGAACUUGAGGUAGCAAUCUGUAAAUUGCGCGGCUCUAUCCUUCCCGGAAAGGCAUCGACACGUGGUUUCCAGAAGCUACAGAAGUUCGAGUUUCCUCAGGAACUUGUCAUGUGCAACUUCAAUGCCGCGGGUGUCACGGGGAACAUUGCUACCUCGUUGCAGCGCCUCUUCAACGGCUCACUGGACCCGUUCGUACGCGACUUGAUACCCACUUCAGUCACGCAUCUAGCGUUGAUGUCCAAUGGAAUGGGUCCUUAUGAUAAAGCUCUUGAUGCCUUGUUCCGUCACUUUCGUGCGGUACGCAGAUCGCAGCUGCCUGAUCUCCAACACGUGUGGAUCAACCUUCAACAGGAGGCGGAUAAUGUCUACAAGCAACAGUGCAACAAGAUCGUUGCGGAGUGUGAUAGAGAAGGUGUGGUUGUGCAUUUGAGGAACCGGGGUCUCACCUGGGAUUGGUAACCCUGUAUGGCUGCUGCGAACCAGGCAUUGGAGAUAGAGAAGUCCGACCUGAAGCGUCGCCUUGAUAU